GUAUCCUACAUUCAGUCAACUACACGUGAAGGGAAAAAGUGCACUGCUGAAAAUGCAUUCUUAAGGCCAGUACGAAACAGAUCUAACUUGAAAAUUCAAACACGAUCUCGAGUUUCUAGAGUACUCGUAGAUGAAGAAAGUAAAACUGCUUACGGUGUUGAGUAUCUCAAAAAUGGAGAAGUUCAUUACGCUUUUGCUAACAAAGAAGUUAUUUUAUCCGCUGGCGGUCUACAUUCACCACAAAUUCUCAUGCUAUCUGGAAUAGGACCCAAACAACAUCUAGAACAAUUUGGUGGACUUGAAGUACUAACCUAUAUAAGAACUAAUAUUUCAUCUGAGCCAGAUCCAUCGUAUCCCGAUGUGGAAUUGUUUAUUGCCUCAGAAAAAUUUGCUUUCAUUAUACAGGUUUUUCCUAUGUUGGUUCAUCCAAAAUCCAAAGGACACAUGGAAUUGAAAUCAACGGAUCCUUUAGAUUCACCCAAAUUCUUUGCAAACUAUCUAUCGGAUCCCGAAAAUCAUGAUGUCAAGACUUUCAUAGCAGCAAUAAGAGAAAUUCAAAGGAUCAACGAUAGUCCAUCGAUGCAAAGAUACGGAGCCAAACUAGUUGACACUAAAAUACCAGGUUGUGAAGACUAUCAGUUCGAUAGCGACGAGUAUUGGGAAUGUUAUCUGAGAACUAUCAUCGCAAGUGUUUAUCAUUAUGUUGGUGCUUGUAAGAUGGGACCUGAAAAUAAAGGAGAUGCUGUUGUAGAUUCCUAUUUGAGAGUUCACGGCCUGAAACAAUUACGUGUGGUAGAUACAAGUGUUAUACCACUUCCUUUAACGGCUCAUGCUGCUGCUCCGAUAUAUGCAAUUGCAGAGAAAGCUGCAGAUGUAAUCAAAAAUGAUUGGUUUCAAUGAUCAGUUAUUCAAAUUUCAAUUGAAAUUUCAGUUUCAAUUCAUCAAAUAAAUAUUCUUUGUCAUCA